AUGCGCUGCUCGGUGGCCGCCGGUAGGAUCUGCGCGGCGGGUCGGGGAGCGGGAUGGAGGUGGAGGAGGCGUUCCCGCUGGUGGGGCAGAUGGGGCCCUACCAGGUGUAUCUGUGCGUCCUGCUGGCCGUGCUCCUCCAGCUCUACGUGGCCACUGAAGCCAUCCUCAUCGCUUUGGUGGGCGCAACUCCUCCCUACCACUGGGAUCUCCAAGAGCUCUCUGCUAAUCAGAGCCAUAGCAACCAGUCAGCGAGUGAGCAGAGAGCUUUUGGGGAAUGGCUUCUGACUGCCAAUGGCAGCGAGGUGCAUAAGCAUGUACACUUCAGCAGCAGCUUCACAUCAAUAGUCUCUGAGUGGUUUUUAAUUGGCAACACAUCGUACAAAGUCAGUGCUGCCAGUUCUUUCUACUUCAGUGGUGUGUUUGUUGGAGCAAUCUCCUUUGGCCAGCUCUCAGAUCGCUUCGGAAGGAAGAAAGUCUAUCUCACAGGUUUUGCUCUUGACAUCUUGUUUGCCAUUGCAAAUGGAUUCUCACCCUCAUAUGAAUUCUUUGCCAUCUCUCGCUUCUUGGUAGGGAUGAUGAAUGGUGGGAUGUCACUGGUGGCCUUUGUUCUACUCAAUGAGUGUGUGGGUACUGCCUACUGGGCAUUAGCAGGAUCUAUUGGUGGCUUGUUCUUUGCUGUGGGAAUUGCCCAGUAUGCUUUAUUAGGGUACUUCAUUCGCUCCUGGAGGACUCUGGCUGUUGUGGUUAACCUGGAAGGAACAGUCGUCUUUCUUCUCUCUGUAUUCAUUCCAGAGUCCCCCCGCUGGCUUUACUCACAAGGCCGACUGAAUGAAGCAGAAGAUGCCCUCUACCUCAUUGCGAAGAGGAACCGCAAGCAGAAGUGCACUUUCUCAUUAAAACUCCCAGCAGAGAGGAGCUCCAGAGAGGCUGGCAGCUUCUUGGAUCUCUUCCGAUACAAGAUUCUCUUGGGACGCACCUUGAUCAUGAUGUUUACCUGGUUUGUGUGCAGCUUGGUUUACUACGGUCUUACCCUUAAUGUGGGCGACUUAGGUGGAAGUAUUUAUGCCAAUUUAGCCCUUUCAGGGUUGAUAGAAAUCCCAGCAUACCCAAUCUGUAUUUACUUGAUUAACCAAAAGUGGUUUGGUCGGAAGCGAACACUGAGUGCAUUUCUGUUCCUGGGAGGAUUGGCUUGUCUUAUUGUCAUGUUUCUUCCUAAAAAGAAAGAUACUGGAAUGUUUGCAGUGGUGAAUAGUCGCUCUCUGUCUUUGCUGGGGAAGCUGACAAUCAGUGCUGCAUUUAACAUUGUCUACAUCUACACGUCAGAACUCUAUCCCACAGUGAUCAGGAAUGUUGGAAUGGGUGCCUGCUCCAUGUUUUCCCGUGUCGGUGGAAUCAUUGCUCCUUUCAUCCCUUCACUGUCUUCAUAGGCAAAACCUGACCCCAGGACCAUGUCAGCACAGUUGAGGAAGCAGAGGGCCAACAAACAGUAGAGGAGCAAUAGGUUCAAGAACACUGAAAGCAGAAAGUUUUCCAUUCUGUGGGAUAGGAUUCCAUAAGAGGUGGUAAAAGAGCUGCCUGUGAUAGUGAGGCAGGUGUCUGUCAUCUGUGAUAAACCAUUGUAGAGAAAGGUCACUGAUAACUGUGGGGGAAAAAAGUUAAUGGUAUGUGAGUCUCUAAGAUCAGAAGGUGGAUUCAAGGAGUUACAGGCUGAGCAGCUCAGACUCAGUCUCUGGGAAGAUCAUGGGACAUGACCUCUCAGAGUCUGUUUCUGAGCAUGUGAAGGCCAAGAGGGUAAUUAAUUAAGAUCAGUGAACACGGGUUUACUAAGGACA